AUGGACCCGCAGUCCGAUUUGUUGAAGCUGUACAGCAAGAGUCAGGCGAUGUUUACAGCAAACAAGCCUCGCACUUUCAAAGAUACUUCACGGGCUAUAAUUUUUGCCUUUCUUCUUCUCUUGACGAGAGAUCUCCGAUUGUCCAUACACGAUGUGAUUGCAUUUUUCAACGUUUUGAUUCCGCAGCCCUCUUCUCGCGUCCAAAGACCAAGGUUUCCAAAAUAUGAUCUCGACGAAUGGUGCUCCGUGCAAGCUGUUGAUUCCGCUGAGCGUAGCUCUUCCACAAAGACCAUGGAUUUCCCAGGACAAAUACCAGACGACACAUCAACGCGAUUCUUGCACAUGGAACGGAAAAAAUUACAUGGCAAGGUUCCCCAGUCUGUAUCGAAGGUGGCUAUCUGGGGAAGUAAAAGAGAAGACGACGCAUCAUGGCGCAGCCUCAUCGCCUUCUCGGACGGUCAGGCGGCUUCCGUAUUCUCUGAGCGACUGGAUGACCUCCCAGUUCCAGCAACGGAAGUAACUGAGGACCCUUCUGAACAUUGGGCUUAUUGCUUACGCUAUAUUUAUCGACUGGGUGUCAAUGACGCACGCUCACGCCUCGCAAAACUGAGAAAUGAUAUUAAGAAUCUGAGAUAUGAACACCUGUCUGAUCCCAAGGUGGGUGGUAGUUUGGUGUGCUUAACGUUCAUGAACCACCUCCAGUAUCACAAAGACUUGACUGAAGCUCUGGAUAUGGAAAAGGACAGCUAUCCAGUGGAUUGGGAACUUGGUCCAUUAUUACCAGAGACGGACACUGUUACGACCACUUGCAGAACGCUCCUCGAAGACAUCAACGAGACCCACGAACAAGCCAGCAACACACGUAUUCUGAUCAUGGAGCAGCUGAGCCUCUCACAAUCACGCAAUGUUCCAUACCUCACCUUCCUGGCUACUGUUUUUGUGCCCAUGACAGCUGUGGCGGGUAUCUUCGGGAUGAAUACUAUCGAGAUCAACGACUCAAACUGGCCGACCAAAUAUUUCGCGAUCGCUGCAGUACCCCUGACGGUGUUGGCGGUCCUAGUGCCCCUGUCCAUUUUGACCCUGAUCGACCUUUUACUUCUCAUCUCCUCGCACAACCAUAUCCUGAUCUUGACACAAGACUUUUUUAUUUCCGUCGCUCUUGUGUCAUCAGUAAUCGAUGUUGCCAUUCAAUACACACAUGCGAUUGACUACGACGCCAUCGCUGAUUGGAUGCUUGGAGGAGAUGGAGACGUGAAGAGCCGCCAAAAGAGUCUUUAUUUGCGAGAAUCAAAACUCCGGCCUGGCGGCUAG